AUCGUAUCACUAUGUGCGUCAUAGGGGUUAUCUUUCGUACUUUAUAUAUAGAAAUAUUUCCGAAACUUUCCCCCAGAUCAUUAUAAAUAACCGGUUCACUGACACAAAGUAAAUCAGGAUUAACAAGAUUCAACAGUUCAAGACUGGUAAUACAACUAGCAUCCUCGUAUCGACAUGAAACCCGCCACUAUUUUGCUUUGUCUGGCCACGACCUUUCUGAAGGUUGAAACAGCAACCAUCGCCAACCGGAAGUCAUUCUUAUCCACACUUGAGGACACAGUCAAAUCCACAAUGGAGAAACAGCUGGUGACACAUCUGGCUCAGAGCACUAAAUGGCAAAACACUCCCGAGUUUUACGAGCAGAUUGUGCAACUGAUCAAAGAAACAGAGGGUAAACUGUUGGGAGAUAUUGUACGGACGAUUUUGGAGAAAUCUAACGGCACUGGUGCAUUGUCAAUGACGACAAUUGAGAAUGUGGUUUCCUCAUUCUUGAAGACCGGGGCAUCUGACCGCAAGAGAGACGAUGACCGCAUGCCGAAUUAUCUCAAUACCAGAUUCGGCGGAUUUGGUAGAUAACUAGCUGGAAUGGUACCGCAUAUUAUAACCCCAAAAUCAGUGCAAUAAAAUAAGUGGGAAAGGCGCCUACUGUUUUGUAUAUAUGUAUAUAGCACUAUUUAUUGUAAUAAAAUAUAAAUCUGUACAGUGAAGACAGAA